AAAGGUCAAAAUGGCCUCUGUUAUUGGAGAGACGAUGUUUGAAUGUUAGCAGUAAUUUCGAAACAUAUCUGCUCCUGAACGAGAUGAAUAGCUUCUCGGAGACUAACCGUAUCCUGUAUAAGAUUUCUAACGAGAUGAGAGAUCGGGAUCUUCAAAAUAUAAAGCACUUGUGCCACGGACGGAUACCUUUGGGCGACCUCGAAAAAUCGAAGAGUCCAAGCAUCUUGUUCCAGAUCAUGCUUCAGAGACGAAUGAUAAGUCCGGGUAAUUUGAGUCAUUUAGAGCGCUUGUUGACUCAGAUUGGUAGAGCAGAUCUAGCUGGUAAGAUUCAAACGAAUGGUAACGACACCACGAUGGAAACAGAGAGCGCCGUGUCUAGCAAUCCAAUCGACAAGAGUUAUAAAGCUUUCCUGAUGAAACUUAGUGAUGAAUUAACGAGAGAUAACGUCGACUCGUUGAAGUUUGUUUCUGAUUUACCGGAUGGCAUUGAUGAAAAUGUGCAGAAUGGAAAAGACCUCUUCAAGUAUAUGAUUCAAUGUGGCAGUAUUGGACCUUGUAAUUUGGACCACCUAGCUGACAUGCUACAGGAAAUACAUCGCAGAGACUUAGCAGAGAGAGUCAGAAAAUUCCAAUCAGAUAGAGGUGUAAGUUCCAGUGCGGCCAAAAUUGACCGGCCAGCUCAAUCACCAAUCAAUGACCAACGCCCAUUUGCAUCAACUCAAGCCCCACCACUCAGACCUUUAGUUACUGGGAAGCAGCCAAUAGUGCACCAGAUGGGUGAGCCAAGACCACCAAGUGUACCUUUACUUUCUCCUGCACAUUUCAUGGGUGGGCGGGAUGGAGGUCCAGACAACAUUGAACCACGAUUCCCUGUCCAGGCACUGGCUAAUCCAGCAGAAAUCGUUGCUCCCAUGCGGCAACUAGGGGUUGACGAGGAAGAUGCAAUGCCUUCCUAUCCCAUGAGAAACCGGCCACGUGGUAUUGCACUGAUUAUAAGUAAUGAACACUUCCAGGGAAACCCUGAUUUGAGAGACCGCCAAGGAAAUCAAAAGGAUGUGGAUCAGCUCCGUGAACUAUGGGAAUUCUUGCAUUUUGAAGUAAUUGUCAGAGCAGAGCUGCAGUCACAUGAAAUGUAUGAUUGUAUGAGAGGGAUCUCAACAAUGGAUCACUCAAACUUUGACUGCUUUGUUUGCUGCUUGCUUAGCCAUGGAGCCAAUGGAGCGAUCUAUGGCACAAAUAGUGAAUUGCUGGAGAUAAAUACCAUUACAUCCAUGUUCAAAGGCGUGGCCUGCCCAUCACUUGCUAACAAACCCAAAUUGUUCUUCAUCCAAGCUUGCAGGGGGGAAGCGUUUGAUCGAGGAGCUUGGAUUGAAGCUGAUGCAGUAGAAAGCAAUCCUGAAGAUGCCAUGAGGAAUAAUGCAGAGCCAAAUGAAAGCCAUUUUCUCUUGGGUUAUGCCACCCCUCCAGGUUAUGUCAGCUGGAGAAGUCAAAUCCAUGGCUCCUGGUAUGUUUCCAAGCUUUGUGAAGUGUUCCGAAAGUAUUGUGAGAGAUAUGAUGUGACGACCAUGAUGGUGAAGGUUAAUGAUGAAGUGUCAGAUGCAUUCACCAAAAGGGGUUACAAACAGUGCCCAGCUCCUGUUGUCACACUCAGGAAGAGAAUCUACUUAAACAAAAACUGAUUGGUAAAGUCUUUGUUCAAAAAUUACCCCUUAAACCCUUUCACUCCAAUGAGUGAUGAGGAGAGAAUUUCUCCUUACAAUAUCAAAACAAUUUCAAAUAGACUAGUGAUGAGAAUAAAGAAAAAUAUUAGCUAAGGUAAUAUUAGUUGAUCCAAUACCGAAUUCUCCAAACUGAGAUCUUAAAAAUUGUAUGGUCGUAUGUAAGGAGAAUUACUAAUGAGAUCUCAGGGGUGAAAGGGUUAAGUGAGCAAGGAAAGGAGGUAGAAACUGCAUGUCAAAUGCAGUAUUUUCUGUGCCUUUAGUCAGUAAACAAGUCCCAUGUCCAUUUUCAGGCAAUUAUUGGUAGUAUUCCAUGGUAACUUGAGUUAGGUGGUACAAGCGUGAUUGU